AUGCCAGCAAUAAAGAGACAAGCGAAAGCAGAUAAGCCCAAGAGGCUAAGAAAGCGCAAGGCCAGAACUGAAGUCUCGGAUUCAUCAGAAUCAUCAGACUCCUCAUCAUCGUCAGAGUCUGACAGCAGUGAUUCGGAGCCUACACCUAAGAAGCAGACUGCCGUCAAGUCCAAGGCAAAGGCGAAGACCGUACAAAGGUCACCCUCAAGGUCAUCCUCCCCAGAAGAAGAUCAGACCACCCCUCCCUCUACAAGUGGACCUCAGGUCAGAGAGACAGAGGCCGAAGAUGCGUUCACCUCAUUCUACCUCCGCCAGAUGACAACCGAAUUUGCCGAGGACCUCGACAAGAUCCGCUCAGCAGGUGACUUCAACGACAAGUCUCUUGGCCUGCUGAUUGGCGCACUGAAGCAAGGCCGCGAAUGCUUCGACCGACACGACAGAUUGGCUGUUGGCAAAGCUAUCGUCGCUGCCAGUCAAUGA